GGCUCCAGCUUAAUAUAAACUGCCCAGUAGAUGGGACCCAGCUGCGCACAGACUGCAGAUUCUCACAACUCAAAGUAUUAUUCAUGGCUUCCCGGUGUUUUGCCCCUGUUGGGCCAGCAAGCUUCAAAACCUUAUCUGUCGGUUCUCAAAAUGGGGCCCCCUACAGUAUGUCAGAGAUUGCUACUUCUCCAGUACUUCCCAGUGGAGAGGAGAAAGAGGUUAUGCAGAAUCUGAAUAGUAGACUGGCCACAUACUUGGAGAAUGUUGGUGCACUGGAAAAAUCCAACAAGCAACUGGAGUCCCAAAUACAGCAGAAACUAUUAGACCAAAAGCCACUGCAGAAAAAUUACAGUGCACAGCUCGGCCUUAUCAAGGAUCUUCAAAAUCAGAUUGCAAAUUCUGCCUCACAAAAUACCAAGCUUCUGCUGGAAAUUGAUAACAACAAACUGGCUGCAGAAGACCUCCGAGUGAAAUGGAGCACAGAAUCAGCUGUUUGCCUAUCCGUAGAAAAGGACAUUCAUGCACUAAGAAAAGUAAAGGGAGAUCACAACACAGUAAACAUUAGCAUUAAAGCUGAGUUAGAAGGUUUGGAGGACGAGCGACAAUCCCUUCAAAAUAACUACAUGAAGGACCUUGAAGCAGCCAGAGAGUCAGUGGCCAAAGGAAAGGUGGAGGUUGAAGUGGAUGCUGUGAAAGGCCCGGAUCUUAACCUUAUCUUGUCUGAAAUCCGUUUGCAAUAUGAAGAUAUUAUGAAGAAGAAUAAAGAGGAAGCGGAUGCUUUGUUCCAGUCUCAGUGCGACGAUGUUAAUCUGAAGCUGGAAAAGGAGAGCCAAGAGGCCCAGAGUGCACACAAUGAACUGAGAGAGCACAAGAACCAUCUACAGAGCCUACAACUGGAGUUGGAUGCUCUGUACAACCAGGUCAAAGCUCUAAAACAGGAUCUUGAUGAGACAGAGCUGCGAUACCAGAAUGAACAGAACAGACUGCAAAGCCAUGUAUCCUCUGUGGAACUGGAUCUGUCAGACGUUGUCCAGACAGUUCAGAACAACAAGCUUGAAUAUGAAGCACUGUUACGAAUGAAAGAAACCCUGGAAGCUGAAAUCGCGGAGUACAGACGACUCCUAGAAGGUGACUAUGAGGAGAAAGUGUUUACACCUGAACCAAAAAAGGAACCUGAAAUCAAGACGAAAAAGAUAAUAAAAAUUGUCACCCAGACCCUGGUGGAUGGAAAGCUUGUGAAUGAGUCAAGUGAAGUGGAAGAGUAUGAUAAUGCUGAGAAGAACUAAUUCAGCAAAUGGGAGCAAUCGUGUUUCCAACUAAACAAUGCCAAUGACCUACCUGCAGUUACUUACCUAAUGUGCCUAAUGACCUUUAUAUUAUGAAACAUAUCAUAACUAUGAUAUUAGAGAAAUACGAAUUGUGAGUUAAAACAUAAUCGAUACAUUAUAAAUAAAAUAAAUACCAAGAAAAACAGUGGGUGUAUA